AUGAGGCGCUGCAGUCUUGGAGAAAGCUAGCUAGCUCAGUUACAAACUAGCCUACAUGUUCUAGCAAGAACUUGAUGCAGUCUAUAAUCAAAACAGUAAACUGUGCUAUAAUCUUUCGGUGGCAUUGAAAAGCUGAACUCGCUCAACAAUAGGCGUAUAUAGCUAGCUAACUAACUAACGUUAGCUAGCUAGGGAUAACCAGAAAGAGGGAGAGCUCAAGCGGCAGCGUCUUUGAUCAUGCUAGGCAACGGCAAGAAGCCCGUGAAGAAUGGAGCCGGGACGUCCGAAUCAAAGACUAUCGACCCUCUUAAAAAUUUAGGUGUAGAGGAAGAUGAGGACGUGAAGGUGAUGCUGAAAGGCUCCAGCAUGGUGAAGGUACGCUCCCCACGCUGGCAGAGGAGACGUACGCUGAAGCUGCUGGACGAUGGAGUCACCGUGUGGUGCGAGUCCGACAAGUUCUCCAGCCGCUCCAAGGCCCAGCAGUCCUUCUCGGUCACGGACGUGGAGUGUGUACGCGAGGGCUUGCAGUCGGAGACCCUGCGACAGCUGACGGGCUCAAUUCCCGAGGGCCAGUGUCUCACUGUGGUGUUCAAGGGGGCCAGGAAGAGUCUGGACCUGCGCUGCCAGACUGACGAGGAGGCCCAGCGCUGGGCAAGGGGCAUCAGGACCCUCCAGGAGAGGGUGGAGAACAUGACCCAGAAGGAAAAGCUGGACAACUGGAUCCAUGGCUAUAUGAAACGGGCCGACCUGAACCAUGACGAGAAGCUGAGCUACGAGGAGGUCCAGGGGCUGCUCACCAUGAUCAACAUUGACCUAAAUGAAGAGUAUGCGCGCAACCUCUUUAAGAAGUGUGACCGGUCGUGUGACGGUCGUCUGGACCACGGGGAAAUCGAGGUGUUCUGUAGGGAGCUGUUACGGCGGCCGGACCUGGACGCCGUGUUUAGCCGCUACUCGGCUAACGGCUGUGUGCUCUCCACCGUGGACCUGAAGGACUUCCUGAAAGACCAGGGAGAGGACUCCUCGCUGAUCCACGCUCAGAGUCUGAUCCUCACCUACGAGCUCAAUGAGUGGGCCCAGAAGAAUGGGUACAUGACGCCCAAUGGUUUCACCAUGUACAUGCUGUCCAAGGAGAACAAUGUGUUUGACCCGGACCACGCCAGGGUGUACCAGGACAUGACCAGAUCUCUGGCCCACUACUUCAUCUCCUCCUCACACAACACCUACCUCACCAGUGACCAGGUUACUGGCUACAGCAGCACGGAGGCUUAUAUCAGGGCUCUGAACCAAGGCUGUCGCUGUGUGGAGUUAGACUGUUGGGAUGGGGACAAAGGGGAGCCGGUCAUCUACCACGGUCACACACUCACCUCCAAAGUGCCCUUCACAGAGGUCAUCGAGACCAUCGCCGAGUACGCCUUCAAAGCGUCUCCGUACCCUCUAAUCCUGUCCCUUGAGAACCACUGCAGUGUGGAGCAGCAGGCGGUCAUGGCCCGACACCUGUGCUCCAUCCUGGGGGACAAGCUGCUCACCAAGCCCCUCAAUGAACAGCAGCUCCAGAGCCUGCCCUCACCAGAGGCGCUGAAAGGGAAGAUCCUGGUGAAGGGGAAGAAGGAGAGAGUGGUGGAGCUGGAGAGCUCCUCCAGUUCUUCAGACCUCAGCUCCUCGGAGGAGUGUGAGUGUAGCCAUGCAGAGAGCAAAAAGAAGGAGGAGAAGAAGCCGGGUGUCUCUAAGCUGAGUCCAGAGCUGUCAGACCUGGUGGUGUACACACGCAGUGUUCCCUUUAAAGGCUUUGACCAGGCAGCAAAGAAACCCCCUACAGAGAUGUCCUCCUUCUCCGAGAGCGACGCCCUCAAAUACGUCAAAGAAUCAGGGAAACAUUUUGUCCGUCACAACAGCCAUCAGUUGAGCAGGAUAUACCCCUCAGGACAACGCCUGCAGUCCUCCAACUACGAUCCCCAGGAUAUGUGGAACGGCGGUUGCCAGAUUGUGGCGCUGAACUACCAGACGGCAGGGGAAGAGAUGGACCUGAACCGGGGGCGCUUUUUACCCAACGGUCUUUGCGGAUACGUCCUCAAGCCCUCCUUCAUGACCCGCCCCGACUGCAACUUCAACCCCGAGAACACGGGGGGAGGACCCGGACACGACCCCACCCUCCUCACCGUACGGGUGAUCUCGGCCCAGCAGCUUCCCAAGCCAGAGUGGGAUAAACCCAGCUCCAUCGUGGACCCUCAGGUGUGGGUGGAGACCCAUGGCGUUCCCAUCGACAACAACAAGAAGAUGACCCCCCGCGUGGACAACAACGGGUUUAACCCUCGGUGGGACUGUACCUUCAACUUCACUCUGCAUGUCCCUGAGCUGGCUCUGGUGCGCUUCAUGGUGGAGGACCACGACUUCACCUCCAGAAACGACUUCCUGGGACAGUUCACCCUGCCCUUCACCAGCCUCCGCACAGGUUACCGUCAUGUCCACCUGCUGAAGGUCGAUGGUUCCAGCCUGUCACCCACUUCUCUGUUCAUCCACGUUAAGGUCACCCCCUGCCACAGUAGCCCCUCCAAGGCCUCAGCCAAAUCUCCGUCCCCAACCAAGAUCGUAGCCAUAUCACCAGCCAUAUCUCCGACCACGUCCCAAGCCAAAUCACCAGCCAAGAAGCAUUAAGUCUUUCCUCCGGCUUCACCAAGUAACCCAGGGUUAAGAUGAAACUCAUUCUGUCCUCUACUCUUUUUUGUAUGGUGCAGUAAACAUGGUUGCAGUCCAUUCCCAUUUCAAUUGAGUUAAUUCUGCCUCUGCUUCACUCACAGUAUUAUUUUUUAAAGAGAACAUGAAAACGAACCACUGUUCUUGGUUCCUCCCAACUUGAGUGAUCUAAGUAGUGGGCCCAAGUGAAAACUGUCUAGACCAUCAACAGUGUGGAUGUCCUACUGUAUACCAUUCAUUAUCUAACAGCAUAUCUAUAGUAAUGAAGGUAAUGAACUUCGAUCUCCAGUAUUCUGUGAAACUACUGGACCAGGAUCUCUGGCUGUCUGUUUUGUGUGAUGAUUGGACCAAACACAAAAAGAGUUACCAACCAAUAGCCAGCCAGGGUAUUGGGUCAAUGGUACAUCCCUCCACAACAGGUAAACCGUCCAAACAGAACUUUGCAUAUUUGAAGCAUAUAAAAAGGACUGUUAUAAUAAAUUAUUAUUCACCAGUAUUUUUAAAGAAUCACAUGCUUACAAGGGUGUAACGUAUUUGUUCCUUACAGAGAAGAUCACUCUAUACCGUCCCUAGAUUCAAUUCUGUCACGAUUUAUGGCUAUAAUUCAUCAAAGGAUUUAUCAGUUUCCCGAGCCGAGACAUCUUUAGAGAUGUAACCAUAUAGAAGUUAGAUUUUAUAUUUCUCAUUUUCAUAAUUUACUUUAGUUAUCUAGUUGUAGAUAGAUAUAGUUAUUGUAGCAAUACUAGAAUAUGCACUAUAGUAGAUCUGUUGCCUUUUUGUAGCACGUUUUGAAGAUAUGAAAGAUAUUUACAAUAUGUUUGUAGCAUUUCAGAUUGGUCUAAGAAGAAAAAAUGUUUAAAGAGUAACCAGGUCCAUGAUGUUUUCAAGUUUUUGUUUUAUGACAUCCCUGUUCAAGUGAAGUUCAAGUUCAAUAGGCUGUGUCUCAAUAGUUGUAAGUCGUUUCUUAUCCUGUGUCCUUAUGUCCAUGAUGACCGUUCAGGCUGGACAUGUCAAAUGAAGUGUACCUUUCCUGAAAGCCUUGUAGCUAAUGUGGAACUUUAUAAUUUUUCUGACGACCCAGACCAUGGCACUUGAAGAACAGCAAAGUGCAUCGUUUGACAAAUCUAACUUGUUCAAGCACAGAAGAUUGUUUUUAGAAUUGUUACCCUCUGGCAGCUGUGCGUCUGGGUUGUCGAGAGGAAUAGCAUGCCUCGUUAGCUAAGGAAAGCCGGAAACUCACACGAGUGCCAUUGAUUUGAGUCCAUCCGCCUAUCAGUGAUUAAGGAAAGGAGAUGAAUGAGAAGGGUAAAGGAAAGGAGAAAAGUAAGUCAUUUUAGAGUAUUGAGACAGCCAGGUGUACUGUAGAAAGAUGUUAUUGAUACUAAAGAUGACAAUCUUCAACUUGGGACAAGAAGUGAGGUUAGUUUGAGACUCUAGCCUUUUUAAAUGUUUUAAAGUGAUUUCAAUGAUUUUAAAUACAUUAUCUAUUGUCCAUAAUGUAUAUCAUGUCAUCUUUGAAAGAAGGGUUUUAACAACAAUCUUCUUGUUUAUUACCCAGAUUAGUUUUGUUGUAGAAUUAUUUAAUAGACCAUUUUUAUACAUAUUUGCUGUAAUGUAAACCAAUAACAUCCAUUUUAGAAUGCUUUUUAAGGAAUAUGUUUUUGUAAUAGUUUACAUUGUGUCUCAGAGUAGGAAUGCUGAUCUAUGAUCAGUCUUGUCUUUUAGAUCCUAAUGAAUAAGAUUUGAUGGACAGGGGGGACCUGGUCCUAGAUCAGCACUCUGAGAUGCUUUAUGAAUACGGGCCCUGGUCUACGCCUCAAUGGUAUUGUAUGGAUUCAAAGAGAGAUGUGAUGUUUGUGUAAAAGACCGAAGUGAAGUUGUGAAAAUGUCCUUCUGUAGCAAAGAUAAUGAGAAAAAUGUAUACUGUAAUUGUUGUGCAAAAUACAAACACCCAUGUCACGCUAUUAUAUAUGGUAUUUAUUGCACAUAUUUUGGCUAUAGCUUAUUUAUUUUGUACAGUGAUUUUCCAAGGCAAUGAAAAGUAUUGUUUUAACUCGAGGACACUUUCAGGUUUCCACUUUCAGGUUUCAACGACAUGGACCUAAGUGUUCACACAAAAUGUGAUUUUUAAAAAGAAAUGUUACUGAAGGAGAUGGAGUUUUGGAUGAUAAUGAUGAUGAUAAUGAGGUGGAGGAGGAGGGUAACGGUUCAAUUCACAAAACUGACUGGGAAAUUACAGUUCAAAUGUGUUGCGUAUGUUAGGUUUAUCCUUUAGUUCUAUUGUAUUUUUGCUCUAUUCAGUUCUAUUAUAUGACAUGUUAUCGUCCAAAAUACACUUCUAAAUGCCUUUUCUCUUUCAUUCUUCUGUAUUGUAUGGCAUAUCUUUUUAAAAACUGUGUCAUCCAUCUUCCAUUAUCAGCGUUUCUGCAUGUAAUACAGGUCUGCUAAUAUAGGAUUAUUAAAGGCCCAGUGCACUACUUUUUCCCCCCAAAAAAAUUCAGGGGGUGCUGCAGCAUGCUCAGCACCCCUACUUCCUGCUGCAAUGCGUAUGUUUAUUGUAGGUUGUUCUUUUUAAUGACCUCUUUCAUAGUGUUUUUUACUCUUGUACAUUUCAGAACUUUCAUUUCUUAACUUUAACGCUUGCAGUUAUUGAAUUCUGCUUAUUUAAGAUUUCCUAUCAUAGAAGAUUUAUUUACGUCGUGUGACUCGAUUGGUACACUGACCAGGAUGUUAGAUGGUGUAGGCCGGGUGACCCAGGUGCUCUUGUGUCAGUUUUACAUUUCCCUCACUAAUGGUUAAGGUUAGGAUUGGGGGAGGGGAAGCAGAUCCUAGAUCUGUACCAAGGGAAAACUUCACCCCGGGGGCAUGUUGGAUUCACAACACUGUCAGAAUCUGGUGCUAUGCAACAACAACAAAAAUAUACUGAUAAAAAAGUUUGAGUUAAAAGAAUUUGCGUUAAUGCAAUGUUUACAGUAUUUAUUUCU